AUGCCGCGCAGCAGUCCAGUUAAAGUCGCCUGUUGUCUGUGUCAUGACCGGCGUGUCAAAUGCGAUCGUAGUGAAGGCGUCGCGUGUUCUAACUGCCGGAACGCCCGGCGCCAAUGCGAGCUGAUUAUAUCUCGCCGUGGACGGAAACGAAAGCUUCCUAUCCUACCCACUGAAGCAGGCUCAAGCAGGGGUCUUCCAGAGACCUCUCGCAAUGUGCCGUCUGAAGGAGUGACUAGUUCAAACCCACUGGCCACGCAUGCUCAAGACGAUAGAGAUAAGCCACAACAAGAGCCAUGUUUCCCAGCUCUUGGACCAAGCGGUAAAACGCCGUAUGUUGGAGACUCCUCUAAUCUUAACUACUUGGUUCAACAAUUUGGGAAUCCCUUCGGGGUUUCCACGGAUGUACGCCCACUUCAGGAUCACCUCCACGGGUCAAUGUUAGCCAGGUUGGGCAGCUCGACGACGUCGAAGAUUGAAGAAAUGCGUACAUCUACUACUGAGCGUCUCAAGUACCAAGGGGCUUUUGACCUCCCAUCACAAGAGACCAGUCAGGCCCUUCUCGACGCUUACUUCCACUUUUCACUUGCUGCACUGCCUAUUAUUGAUGAGUCAAGGUUUCUUGUCACUCUCGAGGAAGGUAAAUGCUCACACUUGCUCUUAAAUGCCAUUUACCUUGCUGCUACUAUAUAUUGUUCGGAUUCCGUCAUUGCCAAUGCCGGAUUUGUGUCCCGAUACGCUGCCAGCCUCACCUUUUACCAAAGAGCCAAAUCUCUUUAUGAUGCUGGCUAUGAAACCGAUGCCAUUGUGACCAUUCAAGCCACCUUUCUUAUGUGCUAUUGGUGGAAUAGUAUUCUAGAGCACAAAGACCCUUGGUACUGGGUUGGUAUCUCUGUGGGAAUAGCACAGGCGUUAGGACUGCAUCAAGCGAAGUCAUACAUCCGUCUUGAAGAGAAAGAUCGAAAGCUAUGGCGAAGGUUGUGGUGGAUGGCCAUGGACAUAAAUCUCUCGAUGCUUCUCGAUCGUCCUCCACACGUACAAGGAAGACUUUGCAAUGUUUCCCCUCUAUCGGAAUCAGAUUUUGAACAAGUCAGUGGGUCUCAAGAGACAGACAAUGACUGUGAGGCAAAUACCUUUGCGAUAAAUGCUGUGCAACUAGCUCGGACAGUGGAUCAAUUCUUCACUCUUAAAUAUGACGAAGAUACAGGCCACUCACAAGAUAUCUGCUUAAAGCAAAUUUCCUUGUGCUAUUCAUCCCUUCCCCCAGAGUUCAGGUCUUUAUCGGCGAAUAGUAGCAAGUGGGCUAUAUUGACUCAUAUAUUAUACCAGGAAUACCGACUAGUCUUGCAUCGGAGCAACCCAAGAUUCUCUCCCAAUAUUGGACCAGACACGCCGACAUUUGAGAUAUGUACAGAGAUCUCCCAUAUGCUCGAAAUACUCGUGGCGAGUAAUCUUCUCUAUGCAGCCGCAGCCAGCAUAAUUGCACCCGUGCUAUCGGUGCUCCCAAUCUAUAUCGUUAACAUCCACAGAGGCGAUACUGGCGUCCAAAUGAUCUCACAGAAUCGCGCCCGUUUCUGCAUGCUGAUACUUGACAAGUUGCAAGAUCGGUUCCCAGUAGUUGCGGCCUUCUAUCCGAUUUAUGAAUCCCUGCUUAGGCGAUUCUCUACAGGUGUGCAGACACAAGAUGGUGAAAGGAUACCAGAGCAUCCGAUAGGAUCUGAGAUGCAGAAUGGACCGAGUCAACUUGAUCUUUGUGGGAUGAACUCCGCUGGAGGGUUAUUUGAUCAAGUUCCGCAAGAUGGCAUUGGAAUGGCGUUUCCUUUCUCGUUUCCUUUUGGGAACUUGUUUGAAGAUGUCUUUUUGAACUCGCCUUCUCAGUCUACGGCUUAUUGUGAGAAUGAUAUAUAUUAUCCCUAA